AGCUACACUUGAUGCAUCUGAGUUGGCUGCAGCAGAAACACUUGGGCUUUGGUUAGAAAGCUCGACAAUCAAAAUGUGUGAGGCAGAAUUCUCACCUGAAAACAUAGAAAUAUUUGACUUGCUUUUGCUGUGUGUUAAGAUAGGCAAUCGAUAUAUUAAAAGCAUCUGUAAGAUUAAACACCUUUGUGGUAAUUUAUCAGUAAUUAUAAGCGCUUUUCAGACAUGGGAUAUGUAACUGCAUGGCUUCAUCUUUCUGCUAAAGUGACGGUGUUCUGUCUUCGGACAUUUGGACAAUACACCAGAUGACGUAUAAUGCAUAAUAUUGUACUAAUGAAAAAAAGACUAAAUCUAAACCAAUAGCAGCAAACUGUCCAGAUAAGUAAUAGGUUAUUCAUAAUUUCCUAAACAUUAAAACUUUGUACAUGAGUAAUGAUUAUUUAUCUGACUAUACCAACCUAUGGUACCAUAUAAUGUGCUGUCAUUGUUACUAGGCUACUUAUUGCUAUAGUUUGAGAGUUGCUUUAUUUUCACAGAGGUCAAAUAUAGGCUAGGAAGCAUCCAUGCACAACAGCCUACUGUGCAGAUUGAUAUGACAGAAAAAUAUUUAGACUUUAGUAAGACUCCUACAAACAGCUGGAAGCAACAAUCUAAACUUCAGCUCCUGUUAAUGUUUUGUUAAAACCCAGAAGAGUCUUGUUAAUCUGACCUAUUACAGACUCGCUGCAGUCAAGUUUUUACUCACAUUUCAGUUUGUAAUAGAUGGAUUGUACUACCAAGUGAAUGAGGCAAAAUAUAUGAAAGGACAGUGUGUGCGUUUCCGACAACUAAAGGCACGCAAACUUUGUCUUCUGUGCAUGUGAUGUUUAUGGACUAUUAUUGGUACUGAAGUGUGGAAACAGCCCUCCUUAAAUGCUUCACACAACGCAGGAUACAUCCUAAUUUGACAGCGAUAUGUAAAUGUUACGAGGUCCAGCUUAGUAAAAGUGCCACUAAGUGACUAUUACAGAAAAAUUCUCAUUCAGACAUGAAGCUGACACAUUCAGAUGCCGUCAGAUUAACAGGAAGAAAUGCACGUCUCAGAAGUACUUUAGUCACACAGCAUCCUCCACGUAAAGCAUUUUGAAUAUUACAUUUACUUAUAAAUGCAGUACUUACAGGCAUUUUGCUCAUGCAUUUAUGUUUUUUUGUGUGUUAUGUGUUUUCCUGAACUCUAUUCUUUAUUUUAGCUUUCUUCCGUAAAGACACAGUACUUCAUACACAGUAAAAGCUACAGACUUUUAACUUGUGAUUUUCAGAAUAUUGUUUGGACAGAAGUUAUGCUGUUGUUUUAUGUGUUAAUCCUUCCUUGUUUGCUCCAUUGUACAGAACUAUGCCUUCCUUACCAACACAAUAUUGUCUUGCUCCUGUGUUUAAAGAGCAAAUCUGCACUAAAUCCCUUCAGACAGAAAACAGUUGCUGCACUGCUCUUUACAGGCUGAAACAAAGGCUCUCCCCUGGGAAGACACUUGUUGGAAGUGGCCACUAGAGACAUUAUAAGUACAAAGUAAAUGGAGGUUAGAUGGUCAGUUGGAGUAAAGGAAAUUGUCUUUCUAUAUAUGCUCCUUUUUUUUGUUUUUUUUUUUUUACAAAAAGAAAACUUGUAUGUCACAUUUAAACUCGUCAAAUGCAUUUCACAUAAUACAGAACAGUUUACAUGAGGAGAAUUUCUAAAGGAGACGUGUAGAAUACAAUGAUUUUGACGAAAUAGGAUUUUUCUCAUCACAGAUGAGCAGUUCAAAGACAGUUAGAAAAUUAGAAGUUAAAUGAUCCUAAUUGUUUUUGCAGUUUAUGGUAUAAUGUUGUAAUUGGCAUUUUGUUUUUUUGAAAAAGCCAACAUACAUUUCAAAUCAGCUGGUGGUUUUUGGGGUAUAGCAGGUUAAUAUAAAAUAGUUACAAUUUAUUUUUCUGAUUAAAAGAAACAUUUUUUUCUUCUUCUGUGCAUGUCGUUUUGAAAGCAGCCCUGCAGGUACGUUUUUGUGGUAGUGCAAAUGCCGAAAAUAGUCUCUUCUCAAUAGGCAUCAGUCCAACAUCGAGCUCUUUUUGAGCAGCUAAACAUAUUCCAAAACACUUGCUGUCAGUAUUCUUGCAAUUAUUCGAAGACGACACACAUUUACCUACAAAAGUAUCAACUGGUACACCACUCAGGGUUCAGUACUGCAGCAGAACUGGACACACAAAUCCCUCACAGCUCAUGGAUUUAGAUAUUUGAUCAGAUCCAGGUACAGUCCAGCAGCAGUUUUCUACCUCUUGUGAUUUAGCUCAUUUGCUCUUUAAAGUUUGCACCCACGGUUGGUGUGUGGCUGUUUUCUGCUGCUUCCACAGACUUCACAGUUUGCAGUCUCUCUUUGACUUUUAGUUCUGUAGCAUGCUGAUACCCUGGAGCACUGGUGUGGUGUGUGUCCGGCUUUCGAUCCCGGCCCGGCCCAGACCCCUAACCCGCUAACAGUGAUGUAUCUCCUUCCCUUCCUCCUUUCAUCCUACCCUUUUUUGUUCCCCUCUUUUCCUUCCUCUUCGUUGUGCUUCUUUACCUCUCUCCUCUUUUUCCAUCUUGUCCUUCUGCCCCUCUCCUCACCCACCUUUACUACCCCCACUCCUCCUCUUCACCUUUCUGUUCACACCCCUCUUUCCCCACUGCUGUUUCUGCUUCCGGUGCCAUAGAUAGUGUUGUCGUCCCUGCGCUACGGCAUAAUCUCGGGCUCCUGGGUGGAGCAGGUUCACCUGUGGCGCUUGAAAGGCGUCAUUCAGUGCCUGCCCAUUAUCGCCACAACCUUCUGCUGUCACCCAUGGUGCUGUCCUCGUUCAAACACGGGCUGCUCAGCGGCUGGUGGCUAGGGCAGGUCACUGUGGUGCGCUGGGAGGGUGUGUUUCGCUGUCUCCCCAUCUGUGGGAUGGCCUUCGCCUGUCAGUCGCAGGUGCUGCCGACCUACGACAGCCUGGACGAGCCGUCAGUCAAACGCAUGAGCACCAUCUUCACCUCGGCCCUCCACGUAGUCACCAUCUUCUACAUCACUGUGGGUUUCUUUGGCUACGUCAGCUUCACGGAGAACAUUGCAGGAAACGUGCUGAUGAAUUUUCCAUCCAACCUGGUGACAGAGAUGAUCCGUGUGGGCUUUAUGAUGUCUGUGGCCGUCGGAUUUCCCAUGAUGAUCCUGCCCUGCCGCCAGGCUAUCAACACCAUGCUUUUUGAGCAGCAGCAGAAGGAUGGGACAUUCGCUGCCGGAGGUUACAUGCCUCCUCUGCGCUUCAAGAUGAUCACCCUCUGCAUUGUGUUUGGCACCAUGCUGGGAGGCAUUCUCAUCCCCAACGUGGAAACCAUUCUGGGUCUGACUGGAGCCACCAUGGGCAGCCUCAUCUGCUUCAUAUGUCCUGCUCUCAUCUACAGAAAGAUCCAGAAGAAUGGCAUCAUUGCUCAGCUGGUGCUUUGUGUUGGUCUGGGCAUCCUGCUGAUCAGCACCUUUACCACCCUCUCCAUUUCGGCCAGGAGCACCAGCACCAGAGUUCAGCCGCCGCCUCCUGCACGUGACAGGAACGGCCCGCUGCUACCAGACCUCCCUGAACUGCACGACAACCCCGCAAACAAGAAGCCCGUGGAAGUAGAAAAGCCUGACCAUCCACCUGCGGAGGCGAUACAACCUGCGGAGAGGGACGAGGCUGAGCCCCCGCAGAUUAAAGGACCAGUCGAUGUACCCGAGGUUAAGAAGGAGGAAGAGGUGCAGUUGGAUCGUCCUGGUGCCGGUGUCGCCGUGCCAGAGGGAGAGGCCCACCGGCACGAACCACCCAUCCCUCACGACGAGGUCAAAGUAGACACAAGAAAGAACAACGAAGAGCUCCAGGAGGACAAGAACCAACCUGCUGAGGAAGAACCCGUAAAGGAUAGGGAGCAAGGUGGAGGACUCCCCGUGAAGGUCGACGACAAAAAGGACGAGAAACCUGCAGGGGUUGCGGUGAGGAAAGAGGAAGUGGACUUGGGUGGAGGCGAGGUCUUGUCCAAUGAGUUGUUGGAGAAAAAGCAUGACGUCGUCCCGCUAAAGGAGGUGGAGAAGAAUCCUGUUAAAGAUCCUCAAGCCGGGAAUGCAGCUGUGAUGGCCAAUCAGGCGGCUGAACUGCAAGUCGAUAAAGCGGGCAAAGCUCAAGAUGCUGCAGGGAAAGCUCCUGAAGGAGAGCGUCGUCAUGCUGCAGACGAGGCUCCAGCUGCAGAAAGCAAAGAUACAGCAGACGAGAAGAUGGAGGUGAUUAAAAAGCUGGUGGCAGAGGGCCAACUCGAUCACGCGGUCCUACUGCAGGUGAUCAAGGAGCAGCAGGUGCAACAGAAGAGACUUCUUGACCAGCAGGCGAAACUACUGGCUGUGAUAGAAGAACAACACAAGGAAAUCCACCAGAAACAACCUGCUGGGGCUGCUGCUGAAAGUGAGGCAGAAAAAGGGAACCAGGAACCAGAAGGGGUGGAAGGUGGAGCAGCAAAGCCCAAAGAGUCUGGUAAGGAGGAGGUAGCUGGUGCUCCGCAGGACCAGAAUCACGCUCAGGUUGUGGAUAACGCUGCUGAAGUUAAGGUUGCUAAAGUAGCUGCUGCCGCAGCUUACAAGGAGGAUGACAAUGUUGUACCUGGAGGAGAAUCUCAUCACCAGAGUGAGCUGGGGGCGAGGGGAGUGCCACUGGGAAAGAAAAGACCUGAGGACAUUCAGCCUGUACUUCAAAAUGAUCAGGUAGCUCAGCUGAAAGUUGAAGAAAAAAGCCUAGAUAAAGAAAAAGAGGCAAUUGAAAAUCUUAAAAAUGAAAAGAUAGAGAGAGAAGUUCAGGCCAGAGUGGAAAAAGCACAGCUUGAGAGGGAAAUGAAGGAAAAGCUGGCCAAAGAACAGGAGGAGAAGGAGAGAGCAGAGAGAGAGAAGAUGGACAAAGAAGUGCAAGCAAGGGUAGAAAGAGAAAUGGAGAGGGAGAGACAGGAAAAGCUGGCCAAGCAACAGGAGUUAGAGAAGGAGAAAGAAGCUCUGGCGAGGGCAGAAAAAGAGCGACUGGACAGGGAGAGGAGAGAGAAGCUGAUCAGAGAACAGGAGCUGGAGAAGGAAAAAGCAAAGGAGAAACUUGCACAGGAGAAAGCUGCACAAGAGAGAGUCCAGCAGGAGCUGCACAAAGCAGACAAUGAAAUACUUGAGAGAGCAUUGAAAGAGCAGCAGGAGGAGGAGGCUCGGGAGAGGCAGGCCCAGCUGGAGCAAGCCAUAGAAGCCAAGAACGCUGCACAGGGGGGUGAGAGAGAAGAUGGUGAAGCUUUGAAGAAAGGAGGACGAGACCUCAAAGAGAAAGCUGCUGCUGAGGAAGACCCCAGAGAAGGUGGGGAAGACGGGGCUGUCAGAGAUGAGGCUCGCCCCCAGGGCUCCCACGAGAAGGUCAGGGACCAGGGAGACACGGAUCUGAGGCGGAGGCGGAGGGCACUGGGACCUAGAGAGGCCGACGGCCCCCUGGAGGACAGCGGGGUGCCUAGGGGGGUUCCUGGGCUGGAGCCCCUGCUGGAGCUCGGGGGCUCAGACCUGCACGCCGCCCUGGAGCAGCAGCUCCUGGCCGGGGCAAUGGUGCACUCACGGCAGAUUAAGCAAGCGUCAGAGGACGAUGGAGCCAAAUAACACACACACUCUCAUGAUUUAAUGGUUGGACGACACACACUCUCACCUGCAGAACCCCUCAUCUGUGGACCAAUGCUGUUGCCUUACAUUCUCUCUGGCCUUAUGGACGGGAGCAUUUUGUCUAUCUUGAUACUGUGUACGCUGCAAGUAAUCCAAAGUCUAUAUCAAAGAGCAAAAGUGUAUGUAAAUAUUAACUUAUUUUUGUCUUCAGAGCGUAGAAUUUCAAAGAGGUCAGUGCUGAAAUGUAUAUACAUCUAUGCAAAUACCAUUCUAUGGAGUGUUUUGACAGGGCAAAUCUUUGACGUCACUUUAAUUCCCUUUUUUCAUUCACCAGCUUGAGUCCGCCUCUUUGUAGAAGCUGUCUGUUUUAUUGCCUUCUGUGCUGAUUUUUUGUCAGUGUGCUUCUGUUACAUUGACAUGUAAAUAUUAUAAAUCCGUUUAGCUGUGAUCCAUGGCUAGGGUUUCUUAGAACCUAUGUUUACUACACAUUGAAUGUAAUGUGGGUUCAGGCCCGUCGAUAUGUGUUGUUUCAUUAUACUUUCAAAUGAAGGUAACUGAAUUCAGCCCUGUGCUGGAGCUACGAGGUAUAUAAAUGUAGCCUUACUGUCUGGUCAACUGUGGACAACGAAGCAGCUCGAUCCAGACCAUCUGGAUCUGUAGUUAUUAAUCAUUCCACCUUCAGUAUCUCUUCCUUGUAGAUUUAUCAGUGCCUUCCAGUCUAUAUGCUGCAGUACUGCUGUUUUCUUAAAACAAAACGUGUAGUUUUUCCUCAAUUUGCGGUCUUUCUUUCACCAAGCCUCUUACUGUAAACAGUACAGUAAUGAUGAUAAAAUAUGAUUGUGAUGAGGAUGGAGGAAGGGAAUCUGGGCUGAGUUUGUAGCGUCUUUUAGUAAUCUGUGUCCUCUGAGAAUUCCUUCAACGGUUGGCACUUAACACUUAGGACCUUUGCUUUGUACAAGAGGCUAUUUUUCUGACUAUUUUUCUAUGUGCCUGGUAUUUCUGUACAUUAUGCUGAUAAGAAUAAAGAAACAAAAGAUCUAUACCAUGAA